AAAUCAAUAGGUUAAUCUUCUAAAAUGAGGCUAUUUAACUAAAGCUGUAGUCUAUGUAUUCAGGCAACCCUAUGCUACUUCAACAACCUUGGUCCCCUUAAGUUCUCAAUAUCCUUUCACUUGGCUUCGAUUAUUAUCUAUCACCUUAUCACCUUUAUCUUGUUGAUGUUACUAACGUGUUGUGUCCGUUUCUUUUACUUUUACCUUGAGUUGGGGGUCUAUCGAAAACAAUUUCUCUACCUUCACACAAGGUAGAAUUUACCCAUCCCCCACUUUAUAAGAUUACGCUGGGUUUGCUUUGUCGUCGUCAUCUUGAAGUUCUCAAUAUAUUAGCAGCCUUAAGUUCUAGUUCAUUUGUGUUUCUUAUACAUCCCUAGCAAAGACAUUAUGGCAUGUAACAUCGAAGUUAUUGUUCGACAAGCAAAAAUUGCUGAACCAAGAUUGUCAUAUAGCAGAAAAUGGAAAGGAAAAUUUGCUAUAUUUUCCGUAGCUACUGGCCCGAGCCGAGUUACAGAGUUACCAGGGAAGCUGGUUUACCAUGAAAAAAAGAGAGCAAUAUUUAGCAAUGAAAAGUUUGGGAUUUUUGGUGGAAAGUUCGUACCUGAGACGCUUAUAUCUUCUUUAACAAAGCUUGACUACGAAUUCAACUCUGCUUUGCAUGACCCUCAGUUUCAGAUGGUGCUGGGAGUGGCACUAAGGGACUACGUAGGGCGUGAAACUCCUUUAUACUUGGCUGAGAGACUAACAGAUAACUACAAGAGCAGAAAUGGGGGAAAAGGGCCAGACCUAUAUCUAAAAAGGGAAGAUCUGAACCAUGUUGGAGCACACAAGAUCAACAACGCUAUUGCACAAACAAUGUUGGCUAAACGCAUGGACUGUAAAAAUAUCAUAGCAGCCACCGGUGCUGGCCAACAUGGCGUCGCGACGGCGGCUGCCUGUGCUAAACUCUCAUUGGAGUGUACUGUAUUCAUGGGAAGCUUAGAUAUGGAGAGACAACCUUCUAAUGUAAUCUUGAUGAAGCAUCUUGGUGCAAAGGUGAAAUCUGUAAAAGGAAGUUUUAAAGAUGCAGUAUCGGAAGGCAUUCGACAUUGGGUUAACAACUUGGAGACAAGCUAUUUCUUAGGAGGUGCAGCCAUAGGACCACACCCAUGUCCAACCAUGGUUCGUGAAUUCCAAUCAGUAAUUGGAAAAGAAACGAGGAAACAAGCCAUGGAAAAAUGGGGUGGGAAACCAGAUGUGUUAGUGGCUUGUGUAGGUAGUGGCUCUAAUGCGUUGGGUCUAUUUCAUGAAUUUAUUGAAGAUAAAGAUGUGAGGCUAAUAGGAGUUGAAGCUGGUGGGGUUGGUCUUGAUACAGGUAAACACUCAGCAACUAUGGCUAGAGGUCAAGUUGGGGUGUAUCAUGGUGCAAUGAGCUAUUUGUUACAAGAUGAUGAAGGACAAAUUAUUGAACCACACUCAAUAGGUGUGGGAUUAGAGUACCCAGGUGUUAGCCCAGAGCUUAGCUUUCUAAAAGACACAGGGCGUGCAGAGUUUUAUACUGUCACAGAUGAACAAGCCUUAGAAGCAUAUAAACGGUUGUGCAGGCUAGAAGGGAUAUUCCCAGCCUUAGAAGCUUCACAUGCACUUGCAUUUCUCGACAGACUUUGCCCUACUCUGGAGGAUGGUGAGAAGGUGGUUGUUAAUUUAAGCGGCCGCGGAGAUAAGGAUGCUGCCACAGUCUUUAAUCAUACAACAAAAAAUGAAUGAACGAAAGAAUUACUACAUUAAUGAACUGAUGUGUAUGUUGUAAUUUGUAGCAAAGUAGGAUCACAAAUCAAAUUAAGAGAUAUUCUAGUACCUAAGUGAGUCAGUGACAAUAUUUUCAAAGGUGUUUCACAUA